AUCAAGGGCCUUUACCCUCAGACCGUCGUCUGAUAGAUCCGAGUUUGCAAUUGACCUAGGAAUCUAAGAGAUUGCUUCACAGUCAGAUUCAUCGACGGGCUUUUUGAUUAUUUGGCAGCAGGUGUUACUAGGUUCACCACAGGAUUUGAGCACCAUGUCCGGCAACGACACUUACCAAGACCCCUUGAACUCGCGCUACUCUAGCACUGAGAUGAAAUAUCUCUUCAGCCCGCGCAACCGCUUCAGCACCUGGCGCCAGCUCUGGAUCUGGCUGGCAGAGAGCGAGAAAGAGCUUGGUCUAGACAUCACCGAUGAGGCUAUCCAUCAGAUGAAGGCUCACCAGGUCAUUCAAGACGAAGAGUUCACGGUUGCAGCGGAGGAAGAGAAGAAGAGGAGGCAUGAUGUUAUGGCUCAUGUGCAUACAUUUGGAGUCAAGGCACCGGCUGCAGCAGGGAUUAUUCAUUGGGGCGCCACAAGUUGUUAUUGUACUGACAAUGCGGACUUGAUCUUCCUCCGGGAUGGGCUUGAUAUCUUGCUUCCCAAACUAGCGACUGUUAUCGAGAAGCUCUCUACCUUCGCAAAGGAGUACAAGGGUCUACCUUGUCUAGCAUACACCCAUCUUCAACCUGCCCAGUUGACGACAGUGGGAAAGCGAGCGUGUUUGUGGAUCCAGGAUCUGCUGAAAGACUUGAAGAACCUUGAGCGAGCCCGAGAUGACCUGAGGUUUAGGGGUGUCAAAGGCACGACUGGCACGCAGGCUUCUUUCCUACAAAUAUUCAAUGGAGAUCAUGCCAAGGUCGACCAACUUGACGAAUUGGUGACGGAGAAGGCUGGCUUCGACUCUGCGUACAUCAUCUCCAGCCAGACAUAUCCCCGCAAGAUCGACGCUGAUGUUCUGAACGCUCUAAGCUCUUUUGGCGCAACAUGCGAACACAUAGGUCAAGCAAUCCGUCUUCUUGCCUCCUUCAAGGAAUUAGAGGAACCCUUCGAGUCAACACAGAUUGGGUCAUCCGCCAUGGCCUACAAGCGCAAUCCCAUGCGCAGCGAGCGUCUCUGCUCCCUUGGCCGCAAACUCCGGAACCUUAACGCCGAUGCUUCAGCAACGUACGCCGCGCAAUGGAUGGAGCGGACUCUCGACGACAGCGCUAUCCGCCGCAUGUGUCUCCCGCAAUCCUUCCUCUGUGCUGAUGCCAACCUCAUCCUCCUCAACAAUAUCGCUUCUGGUCUCGUCGUCUAUCCCGCCGUCAUCAAGAAGCGCGUUGAGGCUGAGCUGCCUUUUAUGGCAACAGAGAACAUCAUCAUGGCGUUGGUGAAGAAGGGAGUCUCGCGUCAAGAUGCACACGAGGAGAUUAGGGUCCUGAGUCAUGAAGCUGGAGCGGAAGUGAAGCAACAUGGCAGGGACAAUGACCUUAUUGAGAGGAUUCAGAGGACCGACUUCUUCAAGCCGAUUAUUGGGGAGUUGAAGGAGUUGCUCAAACCGGAGACGUUCAUUGGGCGAUGUCCGGAGCAGGUGGAGGCUUUCUAUGCAAAAGAAGUCACGAAAGCGCUCAAGAAGUACUACGAUGCGGGAUCGUUGAAGUUGCAAGAGGCUGCUGAGUUGCAUGUGUAAGGUGAGAUGGUGGGAUUGGGGUUUGGUGCAGUGAAGGGGAUACUAAACAGGAUUAUGAGAGUUGUGAGUUGUGUAUUUGCAUACCAUUAGCUUAUGGAAUUGGAGGUAUUUGUCUUUAAAUAGACAAAAAGUCAAGCCCAC